AUGAAUAACGAGUAUAUAAAAAGAAGAGUGGCAACAAAGGACUCGCAACUGUGCAUGAUUUGUCAAAAACCGACUACAACGGUACUUUUCAAUCAAUCUGGACAGGACUGGAUCUACACUUGCGAAUUGCACCUCCAAAACAAUCCGCAAUUUGUCACGCCAUCAUAUAGCCAAGAAUAUCACGAUGCAGUGGAGAAUUGUAAGAAUAAUCGGGAAGCAUUGACUAAACUGAAGAAUAACAAUAGCACGGAUAGUAGCUCAUGGGAUACAUGGGUUAAUAGACUUUUCACGAAAAAGCAAGAGAACGAUAAAGCCAAACCAAAGGAGUCCGAGAUCUUAAACUCAGAACUACCGACGAAUACCCGGGAUGACAAGGGAUCCAACCCAACAAAUCCUGCAAAAUCACCCGACAUUCAAUCCCAAAUUAAUGAUUUACAAGGACAAUACGAUGCAGCACUAGAAAAAAUGUUAACGUUACAAAAAUCCAACAAAUCAUUCAAACUAUCGGAUAAAAUGUUCGCUCUAAGAUUGGAAAACAGAAGGGAAAAGCAGCGUGCCCAAGAGAGGAAAAGAAGGGAAGAGGAAAACUACUCGAACACAGAUCCAGAGCAAAUGCAGUCACAAUUUAGUUUCCCAGAAGUACCGAAAAAUGUUUUGAAAUAA